GGCGGCGGCGGCGGCAGGAGGAGGAGCAGGGGCUGGCACGGGAGCAACGGCUUGGGGCGGCCAGCAGUAACAGCAGCAGCCGCCGCCGCCGCCAGUAGACGCCGACUGUACCUGAGGGGACGACUCAACCGGCCGGCCCUCUAAGCCGCGCUCGGGUCCCGCCGCAGUGGGCGGCGGGGGAUGGGCAGGCGGCGGCGGUCCCGCCUGCUGAGGGUUGUCCCCUGCCGGUCCCGGCCCUGAGCUGGACCUCAGUCCUCCGCCCGAAAUCCCCGCGUCCGCCUCGGCCCAGGUUAAAUGGAAGCCACCCUUGGGAGCUAGAUGCCUGUGUAGCUGUUCUAGCACAUCAGUGUUUUGCAAUGAGUGGGGGAGGAGAGCAACCGGAUAUCCUCAGUGUUGGAAUCCUGGUCAAAGAAAGAUGGAAAGUGAUGUCUGGUAGUGUGAUAAAGAGAAGGAGGUCUAGUUUCAGGAAAUGGAAGAAGACUAUGGUUUCUGGCUGUGUAUUGCUUGAGUUGAGAAAGAUUGGGGGUGGGGGCUUUGGAGAGAUUUACGAUGCCUUGGACAUACUCACCAGGGAAAACGUUGCACUGAAGGUGGAAUCAGCUCAACAACCAAAACAAGUUCUGAAAAUGGAGGUUGCUGUUUUGAAAAAACUACAAGCUAUAAUACCUGGACACAAUGCUUGGAGUGGCUAUUUGAGGACUCUGAAAAGUAAAUAGUAGGAGGCAGAUUGGGGAAGAAGACCAGAAUUCAAAGUACCACUGAACCAGCGGUGAGUUUAACUUUUUUUUUUUUCUUCCAGUAUGCCCCAGCCUAAACUUAAUGUAUCCUGAAACUUGGAAGUGGGCAUUAACAUGGACAGAAAAACCACCAGGAGAAGUCCUCUAAUUCUGACUCAAGGACAGGAAAGGGUUUUCUUGUACUCAGAAAGUGUGGACAUCCACAUCUUUCUUUUUUCUUAUUCUUUUGUAUUUUCUUCAUUCUUUUGUAUCCAAGCCUCAAGCAAUCCUUGGGAGUAGUUGCAAUGGUCUCAAUGGGGGUAGACAGGAACCUAAAACUCAGAGGGAAGGGACUCUUCCUCUCAAAUUGGAGUAACUGUGGUCUGAAAAGAGUGGGACAAAUCUCCAUUGCUUUUCUUCUCCCUUUGCCUUUUUGUCUUGUCCCUCAUUUGAGUACAGGGAAGUAUAUUGCAGUAUGGGGUUGAUAAAGCCCUGGCUUUCUGCUAAAUGGCUAGAAAAGGGGAGCCUGGAGAACUGAAUGCUUGCAGAAGAGAGAGGAGCUUGGGAAAUUAAAUUGUUUAUGGACUGCUGAACUGACUUCCAUGCUGUGCAUGCGUGAGUCUAAUCCUAAAUAGAAUACAUAGACACUGAAAAUUGAAUUGUAGGAUGGACCGCUGCCCACAUCCCAGACUGGAUUCUUUGUGGGGCACUAUGGAACACAUUCAGUAUGACUUCAAAGACUUUGAAAACUGAACUGCCAUGAGAUGUACAACCCACAGAAGACAGUUCAGUUCUUGAAGCAUGAACUCAACUGGGCCAAUUACUGAAUGAAACAAAAAUACCAACAUUCUUGGUGGGACUUAAAUAAGACCUAGAAUCUCAUAAUAUUCAGAAUGUCCAGAAUAUAAAAGCACUCAGCUGAAAAAGAAACAGAAAAGUCUGAAUUCACACAGAAAAAGAAAAUUGAUACCAAGCCAACAUCACACAAAUGUUAGAUUUAUUUUAAAAAAACAAAAACAAAACAAAAGUGAGUAUGUCAGCCAGGCACCAUUGACUCACACCUGUAAUCUUAGCUACUCUGGAGGCAGAGAUCAGGAGGAUCACAG